CACCAUUGGCAGCAUUGACCCCAAAUGUCAAAACUGACGUUUCGUGCAAUCAAAACAAACAUUUCACAAUUGUUGUUAAUUAACCCUCAAGAUCAAUGAAACUAACGGUUCUCGUGUCGCCAGUGCCUUCAGUGUGAUGUGAUGUUCCGCAGAACCAAGGAAAAUAAAUCCAAACUCGAACACAAACUGUAUCUUGCACGAGAAGCCCCCGAGCCCAUUUUCGACCUCUCCGACUGCAAUUUAAGACACGUCCCGCAGGGGAUUUACUCGCUGUGCCGGGUGUUUCUCAAGGAAGUGUUGCGGCUGGACCGCAAUUGCUUGUCUUCGUUGGCAGGAGGGGGCCAAUUGAAGGAUUUGCUCCAGUUGCAAGUGCUAGAUUUGCACGAAAAUGCCUUCACUAACCUUCCUGAGGAAAUUGGGGUUCUGAGGAGCCUGCGAGAGCUCUAUUUAAACGAUAAUCAAUUAAAAAAGUUGCCUGAUGCUAUUUGUAAUUUACAUAACUUAAAUGUACUCAAUGUUGCUCGGAAUUCGUUGAAGACGCUACCGGAAAAUGUAGGCAAUUUGAAAAAUUUGAAGUUUUUGAGUGUCUGUGGGAAUAAACAUUUGAAACGGUUGCCAAAAAGUAUUUGUGAUGCUCGAAAACUAGUUACUUUAGAGGCUGAUCCUGAAGGGUUUGUUUAUCCUCCUAGUGAUGUAAUGGGACAAGGGACUGAAGCCAUCAUGAGAUUUAUUUGCACUGAUUUAGGGCAACCUUACCUCGGACCUGAAACCACAGAUGACAUUCCUGACACGAAUAUAGACAACAAUGAGGACCAAACUGAUGCUUUUGAGGCCAAAAUAUGGAAGCUAGAAAAUAUUAAGAAACAAAAAUUACAAGAUUUCCUCGAAAUGGAAAAAGCCAAUGAAUUGAUGCAGCGACAAGAGUUUGAAUUGGCCAGUGCACAAAAAAUUAAUAAAGAAAAGCUUCUAGCUGAUAUUGCUGAACAACAAAAUAAACUCGAUUCGGAAUUGUUGAAGCUUCAACAGGAGAAAGAACUUGAACGGUUUCAUUUGAUUGAGAAAGUGCUCGAAGCUGAGCAAAAUUCAGAUCGGGCCAUUCAGCAGCUCUUCGAACUGAACAACGAACCUCUUGCGCAGCUUUUGCAACAAGAAAAAGAAGAAGAAGAGCGACUUUUAGCCGCUGCUGAUAAAUACAACAACGCUUUGCGAAAAAACGACAUUUUGACCGAUAUGCAAGUUUUACUCGAACAGGAAUUGACGAAAUUCCAACAGUUCCAUCAGAAUCGGAUGGAAGUUUCUCGGGGAAUUUUAGAACAGGAAACCGACUACGACUGUCGCAUCGCCGAAAUUCUCCAAAGUCAGGACUUGCACAAAGCCGAGCUUUUGGUGAAACUGCAAGAAGACAGCGAGUUGCAGAAAGCAGCCGUCGGGACGCUUUUGCAGAGGGGCGACGCCCGAUGUUGGGGGCUGUUGCAACAAGUGAGAUUGGUGGAGUCGCAAUUGGCAGCAUUGACACACAUCGAGUUGGAUAAGAAGAAACUUGAAAUGGAGGAAAAUCUCAAUGAUUUAUCGGAGAAAAGAAUUCAGCUGAGUUGCUUAUUAAUGGAUUUGUUGGACCAGCAGAAAGAACGCAGGGAUCAAUUAUUGUCGACUUUACAAAAUUUGGAAGAAUUUAACAACUCCGACGAUUUUUGGCUCAAACAGUAUCAGAAUUUGCUGGAAAAACUUCCAGAGGGCUUGUCAGAGGCCCAAAAAAACAUCGAUCCGCUCUUAGCCCAAGCACUUUUAUUAAACGGAGUCAUAAGUUGUUUGCCCUUUUUGGCCAACUUGAUGCAGUGCCAAUAUAACGUAGAGAAAAUAACAGAAAGUGAGCUCAAAGAAGCCGGAAUUGUGAAUAAAUCGGACCGAAUACACAUUUUAGACGCAUUCCAAAUGUACAGAAAGGAGCGAAUACCAACUGUUGUGACACCCACAGCCCCAGUGAUGCCAAUUGAAGAGGCCAGUGCACCGCCCCUUGAAACCAUUGCGAAUUUGGGGCCGGAAUGCGUCAUUUGCAUGGACUCAACUUGUGAAGUGAUUUUUGUGCCAUGUGGACACUUUUGUUGCUGUUCUCAAUGUCCCACGGCCUUGGCGGAUUGUCCAAUGUGCAGGACGUCAAUUGAACGCAAAAUUAGAGUAAUUUCAUAGUUCAACUGCCAUCGAUUAUUUUGCACGAUUCUGUGGCCUUAAUCUAGUCAUAACUUCUAGUUGUUGAAUUUUUCUCAUAAAUCAGGCUUUUAAAAAUAAAAUCAAUU